AUGACCACUUGCCGUCCGUACACAGUUGGCGCGGAAAUCUCGCUCGUUUCGCGCGUGUGUAAAAAACAAAUCUGUCAGUUUUCGGCGCCAUUGUUUCCCGCGCUAAAUUACAAGAUGAGGUCACUUCUACUGAUCUGCGCAGUCGCAUUCCUUUGCGGCGCCUUAGCUAAGAACAAGAAGGAUGACAACAAGGUCAAAAUCGCAGUAUACUACGAGUCCCUGUGUCCAGACAGCAAAAGAUUCAUAACGACCCAGCUGGCGCCAGUUUGGAGGGAUUUCAGAGGAGCUGUCAAGGUUAAGAUGGUGCCCUACGGAAAGAGUACGCACGACAAAGUGAAUGGCAAAUGGCAGUUCCUCUGCCAUCACGGAGCUGACGAGUGCUAUGGAAACAAGUUACAAGCCUGCAUCCUGAAAGACAAAGGCCUGGUUGACACCGAAAAAAUGGAGAUGAUCAUCUGUUUGAUGAACCAGCCCAACCCCGACAAAUCUCUGGAUACUUGUCUCGACCAAGUGAAACGCCAAGCCGAGUCAGACAAACUCAAGAAGUGUGCCGCCGGAGAGCAAGGCGACAAUCUGCUGGCGGCUUAUGGAGAUAAGACAGACACCGUACAGCGACCACUCUCAUUCGUACCAACUGUUAUCAUCAACGAAAAAUUCGACCAAGCCAUCCAAGAUGAAGCCUUCAAAGAUUUAAAAGCAGUUGUGUGUCGCGUUUCCACAAACAAACCCGCGACGUGCUGA